GUGUGGUGACGGUUCUAUUAAUUUAUAUUCUGUAUCAAAGAAGCACAACAAGGUCUGUGAGGAUGAUGUGAUGGGACAACACCAACCAGGGCAGGUGAAAACCGUAAUUGUACGGGCUGAUUUAACUCUAGCUAAUUUAUAAACAUAAAAGGAAGAUCAUUUUUUGGGUAUAUCGAAGGCUACUUGUAUGUAUUUUUAAUCAGCUAAUCUAAUGUAAUGGCGACCGAGUGCACCCAAGAAGUGGUCGUACAAUUUCUGACCGAUCGAGGAGGGAGAGUGAAAAAACAGGAAUUCAUUGACUAUUUCAAAGCUGUUUUCCCGGAAGACCCUGACCAGAAAGCAAUUGUUCGGGAGAAAUUCAAGGGAUACGUGGACAACGUCGCAUUUGUAAAAUUGGAGAAUGGAGUUAAAUGUGUAUGUUUAAAAAAUAAGUAUCGAGUGGAGAAAGACAGCGCGUGCAAUGGCAACGGGACAGGCACCUUUUUGGAACAAGAUAGCAGCACCCCUGUCCUAUCCAAAUCAUAUAAGAACUUGAUUGAAGAUUGUGCACCACAACUGCAUCUGUCAGCAUCUUCUGCUGGGGGUGUGCGCUCUUGGGAAACCACAGCAAACGACGCACAACAACAAAUUUCACCUGGCUCGGGUUACGGAACUGACAAUGCCGCAGGAGUGAGACCGCCUGACAUUUCCGGAAUUAUAUUGGAAGGUAACAUUUUAGAAAGAGCUGCGUCAACAAGGUUUGUAGUUCAGAAUAAUAGUUUAUCAGACAUGGGAAAUGCGUUAGGCCUUGGUGGCAAUGGAGAGCAGAAAUUGACCAAGGAGGACAUUCAGACAUUGCAACCGCACGACAUACCGCAAAUUGCAGUGAUUGAGACGUCACCUUUACCUACAGCCGCGGAUGGCUCUAUGUUCCACUUACCCGGACGUCCAUUCCCAACUAAUGCACAGGACAGCCUGCUGUCCAGUCACCCUUCAUCAGAGCACGGGGCAGAUGAAGGCCAUAAUUAUGAUUCGCUACUGAGCAAAUCAGGGAGUGACAGCAACACACCUAAAGGUAGCCAUAAUAACGUUAUUGAGCUCAUGAUGAACAGCUCCCCCCAGGUGCAACGCAGCAUGGUGUUGAGGAACUCCGUCUACCUGUCUGCAAAGUACAGGGACUGUGCCCGGAGCGACAGUGACUCUGCCUCUGUGGUUUCAGUCACUCUGGACCCGUUGGAACACGAAUGGAUGAUGUGUGCAUCCGACGGCCAAUGGGAGAGUCUCCACCGCCUCCUUUCCUGUGAACCGAACCUUGCCAUGAAGAAGGAUUUUGUGACUGGGUUCACCUGCCUGCACUGGGCUGCCAAGCAAGGCAAACAAGAACUGCUGGCACUUAUCGUGAACUUUGCCAAACAACACACGGUGCCCAUCAACAUCAACGCCCGGUCAAGUGCCGGCUACACACCACUACAUCUAGCAGCAAUGCACAACCAUGUUGAAGUGGUGAAGUUACUGGUAGGAGCCUACGACGCAGACGUCGAGGCCAGAGAUUACAAUGGGAAAAGGGCGUGUCAGUAUCUUACGAGCAGCGUGGCCGUCGAUAUCCGUGACAUCAUCGGGGCGGGUGGUGUCGCCGACUCGGACUCAGAGAACACAGACUCUGGGGGGCAUUGGAGGUUGUCUAAAGUUCUCCAGUCUAAUCUGAUGCCCCUCAAACUGCACAAUCACAGUGAGGAGGACACAGGUGAUGGAGCAGGGCAGGCCAGACAGCAACCCUUGCGAAGGAAAUCAUCCCUUAGCAAGAUGAGGCCCAAACUUCAGAAGAUCCGCUUCAGAUCUUCGCAGAUAGUUCACAGCACUUCGUUCCCAGCACACUGUGAGACAGAGGAGCUUAACGGGUCCAGGAAAAGCUCAUUUAAAUCCAGACCCAUAUCAAAUCUGUUUGGCUGAAGAAUGGGCUCUUAAGUACACUCGACAAAGAGCAAAUAAACUACUACAGUGCAGGACACAAUGCGGUAUAGUCUGAUGUUACAAGUGUUUUUUUUUUUUUGUGGCAUAGGCCAAGUCUGGUGUUACACAUACUUAAGGGUUUUUACCCCAGGCAUUAUAUGAAUAUGCUGAACUAACAGAAUACGGUAUUACAUGAUCUAUUGAGUAACUGGCCAGAUUGCUACCCCUGGUUAGGCUAAAUAUUUCUGUCUUAAUCCUCUUAUCAUGCCGAAGUAGCCAAGGAGGUUUUACAGUUUGUCUGCUUUAACCCUUAAUGUACAUGUAAAGCUGCCUGCAACCCACUGGGCAAAGAUGUCAGUUCAACGUCUAGUUUUGAUUUACAUUUCGUAGAGUUUUUAACUAAUGUGAAUUCAAUGUGAA